CUGUGCUGUUAUUUAGGUAGAACUUAGAAGAAAACCACUGAACAUUGAAAGUAGAAAACUGAAAACUAUUUUGAAGAUCAAUUUCCAGCGCUUACGUUUCACAAAUGGAACGAGAAUAUCAGCCUAAGCCGGGUCCUUUAAGGGCUUUUCGACUUUUCCACGGAAGUAGUGCAGAGGCUGAGGAAGCAAACACAAGCCUCUCGGAAUAUCACGAUUAUGAACCCAGAUUAGAGUUCGAUGAUUCAGAGCUGAUGGCUGCUCCUACUUUUCUAUGUCCAGAGGAUGAUGCGCUUAAACGAUCUGUUAGUGAUGGUACUAUUGAAGAGAACUUUGAGGAUGCUCUCGCUGGAGCACCAGAAGUGUAUGCAGAGAUUUCAGACUCACUGACUUAUGAUAACUUUGCUGAACUUGCUGGCACGGGCUGCGUGGAAGUUGUAGGCGACGAUGAGAUUGGUCGCCGCAUAAUCAUAAUAUCAGCUUGUUACUUGCCACCCAGUAAAGACCUGCACCCGGACAGAUUCUUAAGAUAUCUCAUGUUUACUCUGGACACAUUUGUUGAACAAGACUAUAGUGUAGUUUAUUUCCAUUAUGGUUUAACUAGUAAAAACAAGCCGCCUUUAUCUUGGCUGUGGAAGGCUUACAAAGCCUUCGAUAGAAAAUAUAAAAAGAAUCUCAAGGCACUCUACUUAGUGCACCCUACGAACUUGAUACGAAUUGUAUGGCAAAUGUUAAGACCUGCUAUAAGUGUUAAAUUUGGAAAGAAAGUCAUGUAUGUGAAUUAUUUGCAUGAACUGCAACAACAUUUGGAUCUUGACAAACUAUUCAUUCCUGAAGAAGUGUCCGAGUACGAUAAGCGCCUGUUAUCUAAAAACCCAAGAGCCACUAAUAUAGCCCGGCAGAUGGCGGAACUUUCAGUUAAAUCACCAGAUCAAAACGACGCACAAGUCGCUCGGAAGCCAAGUCUCGCUCCGCCUUCGACACAACAGUUCGGUGUUUCGUUACAGUUCAUCAAAGCGAAUAAUUCUAACAUGAUAGACUCUAUACCGCCUGUGGUCAGGCAAUGCGUUGAGUUUCUGUCGCGGCCUGAGGCGCUCGAAACAGAAGGAUUAUUCCGGAGAUCGGCAAAGAUUUCGGUGAUCAAGGAACUGCAGAGGGCAUGCAACAGAGGCGAGCCUAUAUCGUUCAGAGAUGACCCCCACAAUGCUGCUGUGCUUUUGAAGACCUUCCUUAGGGAUUUGGAGGAGCCAUUAUUGACUUCCGACAUUUACGAAGAUAUAUUGCAGUUUCAUACUUGGGCGAACGAGGAGAAGACGCGACAAGUGAAAUUGAUUAUUUUGGAAAGGCUGCCACUUGAUAACUAUAAACUGCUGAAAUACAUUUUUCAAUUCCUAUGGCAGGUUCAAGACAGAAGCUGUAUCAACAAAAUGACGGUUGGCAACUUGGCAGUCGUUUUCGGCCCCAACCUGUCCUGGCCACCCAACGGUCAAAUGUCUCUGCAGGCGAUUGCACCGAUCAAUGCUUUUACAGAGUAUCUCCUUCAAAACCAGAAAUCCAUAUUCUUCAUAUAAAUACAAUUACUAUUAAAAAUGGAUUUAUAAAGGUCAUCGCAUAUCAAUAAACAACUAGCAGGUAAAGCGAGAUCCGCAAGUGGUGCCCGUAAUGCAUUUUUCUGUAGUGUUAAAAAGCGCGUGGCAGAUCGAAGAAAUGCUCAAGAUGUCAGCAGAAGUUCAAUCUCUUAUCAAACGUUUAGCGAGCUUUAACGUCGCGGUCGAUGUUGUGAAUGUCACUCGCGCAUAUAAAAUACUAGCCGAUGCC